UUUAUUUUUUUUGUGAGACAGAGUUUCUCUCAUCACCCAGGCUGGAGUGCAGUGGCGCGAACUCGGCUCACUGCAACCUCCACCUCGUGGGUUCAAGUGAUUCUCCUGCCUCAGCCUCCUGAGUAGCUGGGACUACAGGUACGCGCCACCACCCCUGGCUAAUUUUGUAUUUUUAGUAGAGAUGGGAUUUCACCAUGUCGGCCAGGCUGGUCUGGAGCUCCUGACUUUGGGUGAUCCGCCCACCUCCGCCUCCCAAAGUGCUGGGAUUACAGGUGGAGCCACCGUGCCCGGCCUCCUCUGCUUUUGUUUUGCCCUUCUCCUUUCCCAUCUGUGCUGCCUGUUCUCAGGUUUUCCUUCUCUGGCCCCUUGCCUGGGGACCUGCCACCCCCACCCGGGGCACAUCCCCGUGCCUGCUCCUGCCGUGGGACCUUUGCGAGCCAGCCUGGCCUUGGCAGCCCCAGGGCUGGGCUCCUGCCAAGAGCUGUGUGUAUGUGACCUGACAGUGUCCAACUGGCCCCACAGGCCAGGCCCAGGCCCAGCUCCCCACACAAGCAAGGCCAGAGGGUUUCCCAUUGGCCACUGCCUGGCUGGGCUGUCCCAGGAGAGCGGAGGAUGGGGAGUGCUGGGGAGGGAGGAAGAGAGGCUGGGAGAAAGGCGCCCUUCCUGCGGUGCCUGCUGGUAAUUGGCUCUCCGGAACCAGCCGGGGACACGAGGGCCUGCUGGGUCAGGAAGUGGUGGACAAUGCCACCCUUUCAGGGGAGACACGGCUUGGUCUUAGGUCCUGUGUGACUCUAGGGAAGUCCAGAGAACAGCCUGUUCUCAGAUGGUGUUCCCUAACCCAGAGCCCCCUCCAGAGACUGUCAGCAUCAAUAAGGCCAUUAAUACGCAGGAAGUGGCUGUAAAGGAAAAACACGCCAGAACGUGCAUACUGGGCACCCACCAUGAGAAAGGGGCACAGACCUUCUGGUCUGUUGUCAACCGCCUGCCUCUGUCUAGCAACGCAGUGCUCUGCUGGAAGUUCUGCCAUGUGUUCCACAAACUCCUCCGAGAUGGACACCCGAACGUCCUGAAGGACUCUCUGAGAUACAGAAAUGAAUUGAGUGACAUGAGCAGGAUGUGGGGCCACCUGAGCGAGGGGUAUGGCCAGCUGUGCAGCAUCUACCUGAAACUGCUAAGAACCAAGAUGGAGUACCACACCAAAAAUCCCAGGUUCCCAGGCAACCUGCAGAUGAGUGACCGCCAGCUGGACGAGGCUGGAGAAAGUGACGUGAACAACUUUUUCCAGUUAACAGUGGAGAUGUUUGACUACCUGGAGUGUGAACUCGACCUCUUCCAAACAGUAUUCAACUCCCUGGACAUGUCCCGCUCUGUGUCCGUGACGGCAGCAGGGCAGUGCCGCCUCGCCCCGCUGAUCCAGGUCAUCUUGGACUGCAGCCACCUUUAUGACUACACUGUCAAGCUUCUCUUCAAACUCCACUCCUGCCUCCCAGCUGACACCCUGCAAGGCCACCGGGACCGCUUCAUGGAGCAGUUUACAAAGUUGAAAGAUCUGUUCUACCGCUCCAGCAACCUGCAGUACUUCAAGCGGCUCAUUCAGAUCCCCCAGCUGCCUGAGAACCCACCCAACUUCCUGCGAGCCUCAGCCCUGUCAGAACAUAUCAGCCCUGUGGUGGUGAUCCCUGCAGAGGCCUCAUCCCCCGACAGCGAGCCAGUCCUAGAGAAGGAUGACCUCAUGGACAUGGAUGCCUCUCAGCAGAAUUUAUUUGACAACAAGUUUGAUGACAUCUUUGGCAGUUCAUUCAGCAGUGAUCCCUUCAAUUUCAACAGUCAAAAUGGUGUGAACAAGGAUGAGAAGGACCACUUAAGUGAGCGACUAUACAGAGAGAUCAGUGGAUUGAAGGCACAGCUAGAAAACAUGAAGACUGAGAGCCAGCGGGUUGUGCUGCAGCUGAAGGGCCACGUCAGCGAGCUGGAAGCAGAGCUGGCCGAGCAGCAGCACCUGCGGCAGCAGGCGGCCGAUGACUGUGAAUUCCUGCGGGCAGAACUGGACGAGCUCAGGAGGCAGCGGGAGGACACCGAGAAGGCUCAGCGGAGCCUGUCUGAGAUAGAAAGGAAAGCUCAAGCCAAUGAACAGCGAUAUAGCAAGCUAAAGGAGAAGUACAGCGAGCUGGUUCAGAACCACGCUGACCUGCUGCGGAAGAAUGCAGAGGUGACCAAACAGGUGUCCAUGGCCAGACAAGCCCAGGUAGAUUUGGAACGAGAGAAAAAAGAGCUGGAGGAUUCGUUGGAGCGCAUCAGUGACCAGGGCCAGCGGAAGACUCAAGAACAGCUGGAAGUUCUAGAGAGCUUGAAGCAGGAACUUGCCACAAGCCAACGGGAGCUUCAGGUUCUGCAAGGCAGCCUGGAAACUUCUGCCCAGUCAGAAGCAAACUGGGCAGCCCAGUUCGCCGAGCUAGAGAAGGAGCGGGACAGCCUGGUGAGUGGCGCAGCUCAUAGGGAGGAGGAAUUAUCUGCUCUUCGGAAAGAACUGCAGGACACUCAGCUCAAACUGGCCAGCACAGAGGAAUCUAUGUGCCAGCUUGCCAAAGACCAACGAAAAAUGCUGCUGGUGGGGUCCAGGAAGGCUGCGGAGCAGGUGAUACAAGACGCCCUGAACCAGCUUGAAGAACCUCCUCUCAUCAGCUGCGCUGGGUCUGCAGAUCACCUCCUCUCCACGGUCACAUCCAUUUCCAGCUGCAUCGAGCAACUGGACAAAAGCUGGAGCCAGUAUCUGGCCUGCCCAGAAGACAUCAGUGGACUUCUCCAUUCCAUAACCCUGCUGGCCCACUUGACCAGUGACGCCAUUGCUCAUGGUGCCACCACCUGCCUCAGAGCCCCACCUGAGCCCUCACUGACCGAGGCCUGUAAGCAGUAUGGCAGGGAAACCCUCGCCUACCUGGCCUCCCUGGAGGAAGAGGGAAGCCUUGAGAAUGCCGACAGCACAGCCAUAAGGAACUGCCUGAGCAAGAUCAAGGCCAUCGGCGAGGAGCUCCUGCCCAGGGGCCUGGACAUCAAGCAAGAGGAGCUGGGGGACCUGGUGGACAAGGAGAUGGCGGCCACUUCAGCUGCUAUUGAAACUGCCACGGCCAGAAUAGAGGAGAUGCUCAGCAAAUCCCGAGCAGGAGACACAGGAGUCAAAUUGGAGGUGAAUGAAAGGAUCCUUGGUUGCUGUACCAGCCUCAUGCAAGCUAUUCAGGUGCUCAUCGUGGCCUCUAAGGACCUCCAGAGAGAGAUUGUGGAGAGCGGCAGGGGUACAGCAUCCCCUAAAGAGUUUUAUGCCAAGAACUCUCGAUGGACAGAAGGACUCAUCUCAGCCUCCAAGGCUGUGGGCUGGGGAGCCACUGUCAUGGUGGAUGCAGCUGAUCUGGUGGUACAAGGCAGAGGGAAAUUUGAGGAGCUAAUGGUGUGUUCUCAUGAAAUUGCUGCUAGCACAGCCCAGCUUGUGGCUGCAUCCAAGGUGAAAGCUGAUAAGGACAGCCCCAACCUAGCCCAGCUGCAGCAGGCCUCUCGGGGAGUGAACCAGGCCACUGCCGGCGUUGUGGCCUCAACCAUUUCCGGCAAAUCAUAGAUCGAAGAGACAGACAACAUGGACUUCUCAAGCAUGACGCUGACACAGAUCAAACGCCAAGAGAUGGAUUCUCAGGUUAGGGUGCUAGAGCUAGAAAAUGAAUUGCAGAAGGAGCGUCAAAAACUGGGAGAGCUUCGGAAAAAGCACUACGAGCUUGCUGGUGUUGCUGAGGGCUGGGAAGAAGGAACAGAGGCAUCUCCACCUACACUGCAAGAAGCGGUAACCGAAAAAGAAUAGAGCCAAACCAACACCCCAUAUGUCAGUGUAAAUCCUUGUUACCUAUCGUGUGUGUUAUUUCCCCAGCCACAGGCCAAAUCCUUGGAGUCCCAGGGGCAGCCACACCACUGCCAUUACCCAGUGCCGAGGACAUGCAUGACACUUCCAAAGACUCCCUCCAUAGCAACACCCUUUCUGUUUGGACCCAUGGUCAUCUCUGUUCUUUCCCCGCCUCCCUAGUUAGCAUCCAGGCUGGCCAGUGCUGCCCAUGAGCAAGCCUAGGUACAAAGAGGGGUGGUGGGGGGCAGGGCCACUCAACAGAGAGGACCAACAUCCAGUCCUGCUGACUAUUU